AUGAAGCUUUCCAUCGGCAUCCUUCUCUGCACCCUGGUCCUGGGCGUCAGCAGCCAAGGAUUUUUUUCAUUCCUCAGGGAAGCUGGUCAAGGGGCUAAAGACAUGUGGAGAGCCUACUCUGACAUGAGAGAAGCCAAUUACAAAGAUUCUGACAAAUACUUCCAUGCCCGCGGGAACUAUGAUGCUGCAAAAAGGGGCCCUGGGGGCGAAUGGGCUGCUAAAGUGAUCAGCGAUGCCAGAGAGGGUUCUCAGAGAUUCACAGACCUUUUCAGGCAUGGAGACAGCGGCCAUGGAGCGGCAGACUCGAGGGCUGACCAGGCUGCCAAUGAAUGGGGCCGGAGUGGCAAAGACCCCAAUCACUUCAGACCUGCUGGCCUGCCUGACAAGUACUGAGCUUUCCCUUCUCUCUGCUCUCAGGAGACGGGGCUGUGAGCCCCCUGAGGGCUGGGACACCGAGUUAUUGAGUUCUAUGUCCACAAAAGCCAGUAGAGGGCACAUAAUUAGUGUCUAAUAAAUGUUUAAGAGAUUGAAUUUGUUGAAAA